AUGUCUAUUCCCGAAUGGCUAACCAAAAAUUAUAUUGAAGAAGUCUUGAAAGUUUAUCACAAAGACUUAACAUUAAAAAUAGAAAAAUUCGAUAUAAAACCGGCAUUUGGCAAAGGUGAAAAUUAUGGUGGUUAUUUGACUAAAGCGCAUGUGGUGUAUAAUUUGAAAAAUGGACAAGAGCAGAAAGAAAAUCAUUUCAUAUGCAAGACCUCAUAUGAGGAAGACGAGUUUGCCAAACAAAAAAUGGAACCUUACGAUAUUUUUAAUCGUGAAAUGUUAUUAUAUGAACAAGUUUUGCCCAAAAUGAGUGAUUUGCUAAAGGAAAUCAAUGAUACAGAUCGUCUAUUUCCCACAGUAUUUCAUGUGGAUUACAAGAGACAGGCUCUUAUAUUUGAGGAUCUAACCGUGCAGGGUUAUGUUAUGGCCGAUCGUAUAGAAAGACUAGAUAUGGAUCACACAAAAUUGGUUUUACAAAAGUUGUCUAAAAUGCAUGCCACUUCGGCUGUAUUAAAUGAACGUGAUGCAGGUUCUUUGGAAAAAUAUGAUCGUGGAUUUUUCAACAAAUACACCGAUACAUAUAAAACAUUUUUCGUCAAUACUUUUAAGGCUUGUGCUCGUUAUUUGCAACAAUUAAAUGACGAAGAUUCUCGUAAAUAUGCCAAGAAAAUAUUUGCCCUGGCGCCCUACUACAUGGAAAUUGGCCGUCGUUGUUUUGCACCAACGAACGGUCAUGUUAAUGUUUUGGCUCAUGGUGAUGUCUGGACUAAUAAUGUCAUGUUUAAGUAUUGUGCGAAAACUGGAAAACCCAAAGAUGUUUUACUUAUUGAUUUUCAAUAUUCAUUCUGGGGUUCACCAACAUUGGAUUUACAUUACUUCUUCAAUACCUCUAUAAAAGAAGAUAUGAGACUUCAUAAUGAAGAUGAAUUAUUUCAAUUGUAUCACCAGCUCUUUACUGAAACUUUGAGAAAAUUGAAUUAUAAAUCGCAUCCCAUACCCAGCUUGAAACAAUUACGAUUGCAUUCGGAGCAAAAGAAAUUUUUUGCUGUGCACUCUUCUGUUAUCAUACAACCGGUCAUGUUGAAUCAAGAUUCUACAGAUGCGGAUUAUAAUGCCCUAAUGGGUGAAGAUGAUCGUGCUAUGAGUUUUAAAAGUCGUCUAUAUGAUAAUCCCAUUAUUCAAGAGAAUUUAAAGAAUCUUUUGCCUGUAUUUGACAGAAGAGGUCUUUUAGAAGUGAAUCAAUAAAAUUAUAUAAAUAAGAAAAUAA